AUGGGCGGUGCCCUGUCCAUCUUCACCCGGCUUCUCUGGUCCAAGAAGGAGAUCCGCAUACUGAUCCUCGGUCUCGACAACGCCGGCAAGACCACCCUCCUCUAUCGGCUCAAGAUCGGCGAGGUCGUCACCACCAUCCCCACGGUCGGCUUCAACGUGGAAAGCGUCACAUACAAAACCCUCAACUUCAACGUUUGGGAUCUCGGCGGUCAGACAUCGAUCCGGCCUUACUGGCGGUGCUACUACGCCAACACCGCCGCGGUCGUCUUUGUCAUCGACAGUACAGAUGUGGACCGAUUACAUACCGCGCAGGAGGAGCUGCGCGCGAUGCUGGAUGAGGAAGAGCUGAGGGAUGCGGCGCUUUUAGUCUUCGCAAACAAGCAGGAUCAGCCGGGAGCCAAGGGCGCAGGAGAGAUCAGUGAGGCGCUGAAGCUGGCGGAGCUCAAGGAUCGGAACUGGAGCAUCAUGGCAUGCAGCGCUAUUGAUGGACGGGGCGUGAAUGAGGGAAUGGAUUGGCUCGUGCAAACGGUCGGAGACAGCGCAUAA